AUGGGUUGUUUAACUGUAAAGUAAAAAAACCGUAAUAAAGUAGAUGAAACUGACUUAAAUUAAAUAAGAAAACCAAAAAAUAUCGAAGUAUAAUAAGAUUUUUGGGAUGAUCCUUAAAUAAAUGACGGCACUUAAGGGGAACAUACUAUAUCAUCAUCCGAGAAUAUAUUUUAUUAUUAUAAAUUUGGUGAAUAAUUAGGAAGUGGUUCAUUUGGUUCAGUAUGCAUAGCAACUCCAAUAAAAAAUCCAGACAAACGUGUAGCUAUAAAAACAAUAAAAAAAAGUACAUUAAAGAAUAGUUUAUCAAUAUAUAUAAAAAGGGAGAUUGAUAUAUUCAAAUCAUUAGAUCAUCCUUAUAUAUGUAAAUUUUUAGAAACAUAUAUGGAUAAAUAUAAUAUUUAUGUAGUAAUGGAAUAUUGUUCAGGUGGUACUUUAAAGUCAUUAAUAUAUUCAAGAAAUAAUACAGAAAAAAAUGUAGCUUAAAUAAUACAAAAACUUUUUUAGGCUGUAAAUUAUUUACAUCACUAAAAAAUCGUUCAUAGAGAUUUAAAACUUGAAAAUGUAAUUUUUACUAAUUCUGAUCUUUCUAUUGCCGAUAUUAAAAUUAUUGAUUUCGGUCUUUCUAAAAAAAUUAAAGAUUAAACUAAAAAAAGACACACUAAAGUUGGGUCUUAUUAAUAUAUGGGUUUAUUUUUUUAUUUAUUUUUAUACUUAAUUUUUUUUUUAUAUAAAAUAAAAGCUCCUGAAGUUAUCCUUAAUUCAAAAUAUGAUAAAGAAUUCGAUGUAUGGUCUUUGGGAUGUAUUAUGUUCGCUUUGUUAGCAGGAGAAUUACCUUUUUAUGAUAUAAAAAGUAUAGAAACUGCUAAUUAUUAGUUUUCGGCUCCUUGUUGGAAAAUAAUAUCUUAAGACGCGAAGAAUUUGAUAAAAUAAAUGCUAGUAGUGGAUACAUAAUAAAGAAUAACUUUAGAAGAAGGAAUGAAGCAUUCUUGGUUCAAUUAAUUGAGAAAAUAAACUCUUUCGGAUGUUUUAUUGCCAAGAUAAAGAGGAUCUAAAUAAUUAGUAUUAGAUAGAUUACUUAAUUAUAAUUAAUCUACUACAUUUAAAAGAGAAAUAUUAUUAUUAAUGGUAAAAAGAUUAGAACACUAUGAAAAUCAAACUCCAAAGGAGAUUUUCAAAAUGAUGAAUAAAUAAAAUAAUGGUUUUAUUAGUGUUUAAGAACUGAAAGAUGUUAUUGAUAAAUUAAAAUUAUAAGAAGAAUAAUUUAAAGACAUUAAAGCUAUUGAGGAGUUAGUGAGAACUAUUUCAAAUAAAAAAUAGAAAAGAAAAAAAUCUGAAAAUUAAACUAUAUAGAAAAUCAAUUAUUCAGAAUUUCUGGCUGCUACAUUAGAUGAUUAGUAUUAUCUUAAUAAUUAGAAACUUAAUAAUGCUUUUAUUUAUAUAGAUUCUAUGGAAAAAAAUUAUAUUACUAAAGAAGAUAUUAUUGAUAUGCUAGCUAAAGAAGGCAGAAAAUUACCUUAAUAAGAAAUUGAAAAUAUCUUUGAAGAAAUAGCACCUUUUUUAAAUAAAUAAGGACAUCUUAAUUUUUAAGGAUUCAAAGACAUUAUGAGUAAAGGUGUUUAUAAAGCGGCACUUAAUGAAGUAUAAGAAGAAGCAGAAAACAUUUCUUCUCAUGAUAAUAGUAGUGAUUAUGAAUCUGAGAGUUCCAGUUAAUUCGAAAGUAGAAGGAAGAAAAAUUAAUGA